UCACAUUUGCGCGACCAAACCACCAAAAAAAAAAAAGGAGAAUAAUACAGCUACAUAUGCAAAUGUACAUUUAACUGCACUUUUAUAUCUAACGAGUUUUUAUUAAAGAUAAAAAAUGAUUAUCACCGUAAAAAAUCUGCAGCAGCAAACCUUUACAAUUGAGUUUGACCCGGAAAAAACGGUUUUGGAACUCAAAAAGAAAAUAUUUGACGAGCGCGGAGUAGAGUACGUUGCGGAGAAGCAAAAACUUAUCUAUGCAGGAGUCAUACUUAUGGAUGACCGUACAAUUGCCUCGUACAAAAUUGAUGAAAAAAAGUUUAUAGUAGUAAUGUUAACACGCGAUACAGCUGCUUCGACGGUUGCAUCUUCAACUUCUGAUUCUCAGCAAAAACGGACAACCGAAAGUGAGGGAAAAGUUUUGGGCCUUAAUGCAAGUAAAGAAAAAAGUAUCGAAAAACCUAUAAGCACAAGUGGAUCUACUCCCAUAUCUGGGGCUGUAGAGGCUGUGCCUUCUGUGUCCGUCUCGACAACAGGAACAGAAAUUCAAAGACCCUAUUCUAGUAGCGAUUUAGUUGGAGAGCUGGCUAAUGCUUCAUUGCAAACGCGCGCCGAGUCAAAUUUACUAAUGGGAGAAGAAUACAAUCAAACUGUUUUAUCGAUGGUAGAGAUGGGCUACCCACGCGACCAAGUGGAACGUGCAAUGGGCGCCAGCUUUAACAACCCUGAGCGGGCUGUGGAGUACCUCAUUAAUGGCAUACCCGCCGAGGAAGAAAGCCUAUUUAAUGCCGGCGACGAGACAAAUAACCCAAGCCUAAGAGCUCCUGGAUCCCAACCUGUAUCAGAAGCAGCUGUCGAUCUUCCAGCCCAAUCCACUGAUCCGUUUGAGUUUUUGCGUAGCCAGCCACAAUUUCUUCAGAUGCGCUCGCUAAUAUAUCAAAAUCCUCACCUUUUACAUGCUGUUUUGCAGCAGAUUGGUCAAACGAACCCAGCUCUUUUACAACUAAUUUCGGAGAACCAGGAUGCGUUUCUUAAUAUGCUAAACCAACCAAUUGAGGGUGAAUCCGCAUCUGGCGAUAACACUCAACGGUCUACGCCUCCUCGCAUACAGUCUUUUCCAACGCGUACAGAAAGCUUGCCCUCAUCAGCAACAGAAGAAGGAGCAGGGGCCAACCAACGGUCAUCUGCUGGCGGCAAUGAUGCAGAUGUCUCCGAACGGGAAGUCACGGAACAGUCUGCCGGUAUUGCAACCAUUCGUCUAAAUGCCCAAGAUCAAGAUGCUAUAGAACGGCUGAAAGCACUCGGAUUCCCAGAAGCACUUGUACUGCAAGCUUAUUUUGCCUGCGAAAAAGAUGAAGAACUAGCAGCAAAUUUCUUACUUUCAUCCAGCUUCGAUGACUGAGUCGGCCAAAUGUAAAAAGUUAUAUAUAAAACCUACCUAUAAACCGAAAUCGUUACUAAUAAAUUUAGAGGUUAAUAAAAAUCACGAGAUGUGCUAAGCCGCGUAAAAA